ACCACCCCCCCACAAACCAAACCAUCCAAAGAAUUAUUAUUGAACUCUUCUUCUUAAUUCUCAUCAUCAAUCCAAUUAAUAAAAGAGUGUAAUUUCAUUCAUUCAUUAAGAUGGAAAGCAACGGCGGCGGCGAGAAGGCGGUGGUGGCCAUCCCGACGAUCGACCUGCAAGACUUUCCGGCGCAGUUGAGAAAGCUGAGAGAGGCGUGCGAGGAGUGGGGGUGCUGCAGGAUCGUGAACUUCGACCACGUCUUGUCGAAAUCUCUGCUGCCAGACAUGAAAGACGUGGUCAAGUCUCUGUUUGAUCUCCCGCAGGAGAUCAAGGCGAGGAACAAGCAUGUCCUCCCAGGGAGUGGGUAUACCACCCCAUCUCUUAGGCACCCAAACUAUGAAGCCCUUGGGAUCUAUGACAUGAGCUCUCUCCAUGAUGUUGAGGCCUUUUGUGAUGCCUUGGAUGUCUCACCUCACCAAAGGGAGACAAUAGUGAAUUAUGCCAAAGGAGCGCAUGCAUUGAUAAUGGAGAUUAUUGACAAACUAUGUGAAGCCUUGGGUGUGAAAGGGGAACAAGAUUUUAAAGAUUGGUGUUGCCACAUGAGGAUAAACAAGUACCAUUUUACCCCCGAGACCAUAGGCGGGCCCGGGGUGCUGACACACACAGACUCCGCGUUUCUCACCGUGCUCCAGGAUGAUGAAUGCGUCGGGGGGCUUGACGUCAUCACCAAAUCCGGUGAACUUGUGGCCGUUGAUCCCUUGCCCGGUAGCAUCGUCCUUAAUCUCGGAGACAUGGCCAAUCUUUGGAGCAAUGGGAGAUUGUGGUCGGUGAGGCACAGGGUGGUGUGCAAGGAAGCAAGUGUGCGGUUUUCAAUAGCGUCGUUCAUUCUGGGUCCCAAAAAAGAGGCUUUCGUGGAGCCGCCACCGGAGCUGGUGACUCCCGAUCACCCACGGCAGUAUGUUCCGGCGAGCUAUGAAAGCCUGAGGAAGCUGAGGAUAGAUAACAACAUGCAUGAGGGUGAGGUUCUUGGGCUUGUGCGAGUUGAUCACGUUCAUGCUGCUGCUGCUGAUGCUGAUGAACCAGCUCAAAACUAGCUAGCUUAUUAUCAUCAGGGCUUUUAUAUAUUUUGGAAAUUAUUUUAUUUUCAUAUACAUGUAAUAAGCUUUGCUUGAUAAU